AAACAGUCAACCAACCAACCAACCAACCACAGAACCAUCUUCACAAGUUAUCAGCAAGAGGAGUUGGAACGUUCAUUCAAAGACGCCCACUAUCCCGACGUAAACCAGCGUGAAAUGCUUUCAAUACGAACCAGUCUGCCAGAAGAUAGAAUCCAGGUCUGGUUUCAAAAUAGAAGGGCGAAAUGGCGCAAAACUGAGAAAACUUGGGGGAAAAGUAGCAUCAUGGCGGAAUACGGGUUGUACGGAGCCAUGGUACGACAUUCCCUUCCGCUUCCGGAAACCAUUUUGAAAACUGCCAAAAAUGGGAUUGAAGGAUCGUGUGCUCCGUGGCUGCUAGGUUAG